GCGCAGAAGAAGCUGCAGCGUCUGUCAGAGAGCAGCCGGUCGUUGUGACAGGAACAUGGCGGCCUUCAGUAAAUAUGUAACGACGAAGAACUCUUCCAUAGCGGGCUGCGUUUUACUUGCUUUAUAUCUCCUAAAAAGAGGGCGGACAGGAAGAAAGGAAGGCAAAAAAGCACAGGCCGAGCUGCUUCUGAGCACUGAGAAAGAUGGCAAGAAAGACAGAGCAGCUGUGGACAAGGUCUUCUUCCUCAGGAUCAUGCGAAUAUUGCGGAUCAUGAUCCCGCGAGUGUUCUGCAUGGAGUCUGGAUACCUGAUCCUGAUUGCUGUCAUGCUGGUGGCCAGGACCUACUGCGACGUUUGGAUGAUCCAAAAUGGCACCAUGAUAGAAAGUGGAAUUAUAAGUCGAGACGUCACUCUUUUCAAGAAGCACUUUUACUCCUACAUAACAGUCAUACCACUGAUUGCCUUGGUGAACAACUUUCUGAAGCUCGGGUUGAACGAGUUAAAGCUGAGGUUCCGUGAAAGACUCACCAAGAACCUGUACGACCAGUAUCUCCAAGGGUUCACCUACUACAAAAUGGGUAACCUGGACAACCGUAUCGCCAACGCAGACCAGCUGCUCACACAGGACGUCGAGAAAUUCUGCAACAGUGUUGUGGACCUGUACUCCAACCUCAGCAAGCCUCUGCUUGAUAUCUGUCUGUACAUCUUCAAGCUGGCGACUGCCAUCGGGGCUCAGGGCCCCAGCAUCAUGAUGUCCUACCUGCUGAUCUCUGGCCUGUUCCUGACCAGGCUGAGGAGGCCCAUCGGCAAGAUGACGGUGAUAGAGCAGCGGUACGAGGGAGAGUACCGUUACGUCAACUCUCGCCUCAUCACUAACAGCGAGGAAAUUGCCUUCUACAACGGAAACACGAGGGAGAAACUGACGAUCCACUCCACCUUCAAAAAACUGGUGGACCACUUGCACAACUUCAUCUUCUUCCGCUUCUCCAUGGGGUUUGUGGACAGCAUCAUCGCCAAGUACCUGGCGACUGUAGUGGGCUACCUGGUUGUCAGCAGACCGUUCCUCACUCCAAACCAUCCCAGGCAUCUGAACAGCACGCACUCCGAGCUGCUGGAGGACUACUACCAGUCUGGUAGGAUGCUGCUGAGAAUGUCUCAGGCUCUGGGCAGGAUCGUCCUGGCCGGCCGGGAGAUGACCCGACUCUCCGGCUUCACCGCUCGCAUCAUCGAACUGAUGAAAGUGCUGAAGGAGCUGAACGCCGGCAAAUACGAGCGCACCAUGGUGUCCCAGCAGGAGAAGGAGUCUGACAACAUAGAGAAGCUGUCUCUGGUGCCUGGUCGUGGAAAGAUAAUCAACAGAGAUAAUCUGAUCAAGUUUGACCACACCCCUCUGGCAACCCCGAAUGGAGACAUCCUGAUCAAGGACCUUACAUUCGAGGUGAGCUCUGGCACCAACGUUCUGGUGUGUGGACCCAACGGCUGCGGCAAGAGCUCUCUGUUCCGAGUCCUCGGAGAGCUGUGGCCCUUGUUUGGAGGACAACUGACAAAGCCGGACAGAGGGAAGCUCUUCUAUGUUCCUCAGAGGCCAUACAUGACUCUUGGUUCUCUGAGGGACCAAGUGAUUUACCCCGACACCCUGGAGGACCAGAGGAAAAAGGGAAUCUCUGAUCAGGUGUUGAAGGAGUACCUGGACAACGUUCAGCUGGGUCACAUCCUGAGCCGAGAGGGCAGCUGGGACGCCGUCAAGGACUGGAUGGACGUUCUCAGUGGAGGAGAGAAGCAGAGAAUGGCUAUGGCGCGGCUCUUCUACCACAAGCCUCAGUUUGCCAUCCUGGACGAGUGCACCAGCGCAGUGAGCGUGGAUGUGGAGGACUACAUCUACAAUCACUGCAGGACGGUGGGGAUCACCUUGUUCACAGUGUCCCACAGAAAGUCUCUGUGGAAGCACCAUGAGUUCUACCUCCACAUGGACGGCAGAGGGAACUACGAGUUCAAACCCAUCACAGAGGAGACGGUGGAGUUCGGCUCCUAACCGCCACGGCCGCCGCGCUGCUACCCACCCUCCGGUUAUAGUUUGCACUUGAAAACAGAAGUUGAGUCCGAACCAGAGCUGUUUUUAAUCACUUGUAACUCUCAACGCCCGUUUCCUCGUGAUUGUUAUUGAAUCCAUCUGUUAGCUGCCUCCGCUAACCUCUGACACACGGAACUAACAGAAGCUAGACCUGCUCACUCUGGAGGAGAAGGAGAUUGUCAAAGAAGCUACCAUGAAGCGGACACUCGACUACAGUGGCGGCUCCACCGACCUGCUGGAGUGAACCAGCGUGACUGGUGCCUUACUGGGACGGAGAAACACAUUCACUCAAAAACUUACAUUCCACCCAUGUUCCACUUGAUCCUUGCGAUGAAGUUGAGAAGCAAUUCAUGAAUUAUUUUCUCAGUGAUCCUGGUCAAAGGUUGCUUCUGGAAAGUGAGAAAAACUCAUCUGUCAUGUAUCUAAAGUGCCUCCUGGUGAGACGACAUCCGCAUGAGUCUGUUCACAGCAUGAACUGUGUGUUCAGUAGAAUCAGAGCUACUGUCAGGUCGGAAUAGAAAAAGGUCCCUGUUUGAACAGUGUCAAAAGAAAUGCUCCUGUUGGUGUCGUCACUAUGCUUUCAGUCAUGUGGAGGCAGGGACGACGUCCUUGACAUGUUCAAAAGAUAAGUGGGAGGAGCCUCCUUUAGUGGUCAACGGUCACAGCAGGGGCACAUCUACGACUGUGUUCAAGAAUUAUGGAAGUCAUCGAUACUAGCAUGUGCAGUCAUUGAGAAUUUAACAGAUAUGAGCUCAACAUUUAGUUUCCAAACCAUCAGCAGUAACUGAUGGUUGAUCAACGUCCACAGGCUUCUUAGUUCCCAUGAUUCGUUCGUGAUACUCACCCAAACAUCUCAGUAGGAGACAUCUGAAGAUUUCUCUCAUUCAAGUUUUCCAGUGAAUGUGCUUCUCUUCCGUAUCUAGGACCAAGUGCAAAAGCUUCCUGGUCUCUGGACCGAUCGGUCCACGUCUAAUGAACCUGUCGUCUCUCAUAAGUGCGUCUGUGGUGGUGGCUGACUACUUUCUGGUCUGACAUGGGACACGUUUUCUUCUGUCUGAACAUGUAAAAAUCCAUGUAGCCUGAUUUUAUAUGAAUAAAAAACAACAAUGAUGAUGGAUUUUAAGACCUUUGUUU